UUCCUCGCAGCCAAUGGUGGCUCAGGAAAGGCAGCCGGAGGAGACACUUUAACAUGGGGCGCAAGUUUCUGAGUCAUAUGCACAGGCUGUCUGCGCCAGCGUGUGGGUGUUUGUGUGGUUGUCUGUGUGAUAAGAGCGGCGUGUGGUGGAGGAAGUCGCACGUCUAGUGGUUUCUCUGCAGUGCAGAACGAGUAGAGUCACGUUUGGGCCCGACCGGACCGGACCGGACUGAACUGAACACACGCGGCUACGGGCAUGCGCAGCUUUAGCACUACACGGAGGUGGGCGUGGCAGCGGGUGAUGGCGGAGUGUAUGACCCGUCUAGCUCUCCUCGCCACGCUGUGUGCUCCUGCUCUUGCACAGCUGGAUUUAAACAGACUUGAUGGCGACACCGUGUGCCCUCCACUGAGGAACGGACAAGAUGACCUUCCAGGUUUCGACCUGAUCACACAGUUACAGUCGGACAUGAUUCCGCUGAAGGGUGUGAGGAAGGUUGAGGGCUCCACAUCCACUCAGUUGGCAUACAGACUCGACCGUGAGGCCAACUUCCAGAUCCCUACCAGGCCGACAUUCCCCAAAGGUUUCCCGGUGGAGUACUCGUUCAUGACCACGUUCCGCAUGAUCAAGAACACGGUGAACAAAGUGUGGAACCUGUGGCAGGUGGUGGACGAGGACGGCGUGAAGCAGGUGGGGAUGCGUCUGAACGGGGACCAGCAGGCCCUCGAGUUCUUCCUGACUACCUUGGAUGGAGACCUGCAGACCAUCACCUUCCCAGGCCUGUCUGUGCUCUUCAACACCAAGUGGCACAAAGUGAUGAUCGGUGUGGAGAACGAGAUGGUCACGUUGUAUGUGGACUGCCAGCCUGUCGACCAGAAGCCCAUUAAGGAAAAGGGCUACGUCAGCACAGAUGGAGAGACGCUCUUCGGGAGACUGGACACUGAUCCCAGCAGCUCUGUCGUGUUUGAGGUGCAGUGGAUGCUGAUUCACUGUGACCCAAAGAGAGCUCAGAGAGAGAGCUGCACCGAACUUCCUGUAGCUGAGAUGUAUGCCAAUGCUGAGCCCGACCCCAAACCCAUCCCUGGGCCUGUUGGACCACAGGGUCCUGCAGGACCUCGGGGAAAUCCCGGAGAAGACGGUCGUGAUGGAAGAGAUGGUAUUCCAGGAACCCCGGGCACGCCUGGUGCAUCUGGCACUAAAGGGGAAAAGGGUGAGAUUGGUCUGCCAGGACAGAGAGGACUACCAGGACUUCCAGGAUCUAGUGGGCCGAUGGGGCCGAUGGGGCCGAUGGGGCCGAGAGGCCCGGUGGGAGAAAGAGGUCUUCAGGGUUUCCCAGGUCCAGCUGGACCCCCUGGACCCGAGACCACUGGACCACCUGGACCUCCAGGCAAACCCGGUAUCCCAGGAAACGAGGGCAACAUUGGACCGGAGGGUCCACCCGGAUCCAGAGGAUCCAAUGGACUUCCAGGUCCUCCUGGACCACCCGGACCCCCCGGUCUACCCGGGACCGCUGGGAAUCCUGAAGGAAGCGGCGAGACUUGUCAGGCUGUGUGCCCUGCCGGACCUCAGGGACUUCCAGGCCUGCCAGGCAUGAAGGGACACAGAGGUCUCCCCGGAGUGGACGGACUGCCUGGUGUCGGAGGUGAAAAGGGAGAUCGAGGAGCGGUAGGAGAACCCGGCCCCCAGGGACGUCCAGGAGAAGAUGGUCAGAGAGGGCCGAUCGGUCACCCUGGAGAACACGGUGAUAAGGGAGAUCGGGGUCCUCCAGGUUUUAACGGCAUUCCCGGACCCACAGGACCACCAGGGUCUCCGGGUGUCGAAGGUAUCCGAGGACGUGAUGGACCUCAGGGGCCUAAAGGUGAUGAGGGUGCUGUAGGUCGUCUAGGGCCCACGGGCGCCACGGGUGCCAAAGGAGAGCCUGGUGACGCAGGCAGAAAUGGACUGGAUGGAGAACCGGGUAUUCCGGGAGAAAAGGGAGAACCUGGACUACCUGGAGCUGGUGGACUCAGAGGCAUUGUUGGAAUCCCAGGUUUACCAGGAAAGCAAGGGAUUGUGGGGCCCAUGGGUGAGAAGGGUGAGAAUGGAGCUGAAGGUCCUGUGGGUCCCACUGGUCUUCCUGGUAAACCUGGAGAACAAGGAGCUCCUGGAGAUGCCGGGAUCCCCGGGGUUAAAGGAACCACGGGUGACCCAGGAAAGCCGGGUCCGAUCGGUGCGACGGGACUGCAGGGAAUCCCGGGUGAGAAAGGAGAGCGCGGGAUCAUGGGUCCUCGAGGGAUCAAAGGUCACACAGGUCACAAAGGAGAUCAGGGUGCUGAAGGUCCAGUUGGUCUGAAAGGAAGUGAGGGUGCUCCAGGUAUUCCCGGCAGUACAGGAGGUAAAGGUGACCAGGGUCCUCCAGGCAUCGCUGGAAUCAAAGGAGAUCGAGGAGAGAAAGGACAGAGAGGAGCGACCGGUGCUGAUGGACGUCCAGGACAGCCGGGACACGAGGGACUCGCCGGACCUCAGGGAGCGCCGGGCCUGGAGGGGGACAGAGGAAUACCGGGACCACCGGGACCUCGAGGAAUUCCUGGUCCCAAACUAAACGAUGAGAAGAUUCGUCAUAUUUGUUCUGCUGUGGUUGAAGAACAUCUGGAUGCUUAUAAGAAAGAACUGGCGAAGAAGCCUCUGUCCAUCGGUGCCCCCGGUACCCCCGGGCCUGCGGGACCGCCUGGACCCCCCGGACCUGCUGGGGCUGCUGGAGGAGUCGGAGCGAUGGGACCUCCGGGCCCUCAGGGGCCUCCAGGCUUCUACGGCUUACCCGGGAAACAAGGACCUAAAGGUGAUGCUGGGCCAAAAGGAGACAAAGGAGAUAAUGGUGUUGGAGUCCAAGGACUUCCUGGAGAACCAGGUGUUCAAGGACCUCCUGGGAAGCCCGGCAUCGGUAGAGAUGGCCAAAAUGGUGGCCGAGGAGAAGCGGGUACCCCGGGUAUCCCAGGAACCCCAGGUAGCAGAGGACCUCCAGGUCCCCCGGGCAUGUGUGACCCCUCAGACUGCUUCAGGCCUCAGCCUCUUUACGUAGUGAGCGGGAAAAAAUCCAUCAACGUUAAGGGCCCGUGAACCUGAAAGAAACCUUCAUCCGCCAUCAUCAUCAUCAUCAUCAUCAUUAUCAUCUCUGUCAUCAAUAACAGCUGAGAGAGCAGCUCUGACAAGCUUGAAGAGACUCAGACGUCAACAUUAUGAUCCACAUUCCUGACAGCAGCAGCAUGGAGACUCUUUGACCAGUUUAUUUCUGUGACUUGUACAUACACGAGAAUAAAAAAAAAAAGGGGCAAACAUUUAGACAGGCAUUUUCAAUGUUCUAUUUUUUUCGUAGCGCAAGAUGUGAAUACGUGGUUAAGAUUACAUUACGGACACGGUGAACGACAGAUGUUUUGAAACGUAUAUCCCAGAAACUCACGAGCUGGAAACCUGAGCCUGUCUUAAAUGCAGUGGAAAAGUAUAGGAUAAGGUGUGUGGCAGUUGUGACCAACCUACAAAGAAGUGCCUUAGAUUUUAACUAGUAACUCUUUUGAACAGUGUGAUCAUGGAUAGUUAGUAAAAACGACCAGAAGUUAAGCUAUACACUAACACUUUGGUGCAACAACUGGAAAGCUGAAAUAAAAAUUCCCCACCACCAACAAAACAGCGAAUCUCUUGCUAUUGUUUAUUGUUUGUUUUAAAAUUCGUAAAAAAAAACAACCCCGAAACAAACAAACAACGAAACAAACAAAACAAUAUUUUGGUUGUUCACUUUCCCUGCUGAAAAAAACACCCAAUAGAACCCCUCAUAGAAUGUCUAAUGGUUGUAAUGGGAAUUGUAAUGGUUUUAAUGGAAACUCUACUGGUAAUUUGUUGCCUUCUGUUGGUGGCAUGUUAUGUCUAGCGGAUACUAUUAAGGACCAGUAAUGGUUUUAAUGAUUAGCUGAUGGUACGUAAUGGUAUUUGUAAUGGAAACCAUUAGAACUCUGCAUCAGGUGAGGAAGCUAUUCACGCUCAGGCCUACAUGUUGAGUAACGUGAUUGGUUCAGCUCGUCACGCUACUUCCUGUUUCUAAAAGUGUUAUUGUGGUUACUGAUAUAUAAAACUAGACUUUCACAGGACUGGAGAAUUGUACCUAGCUCGCCUUUGUGGCAUGAGCACCUGUACUGAAAACAUCACGAAAAUAAAAUGAAACGCACGUCUCACGC